AUGUUUUCUCUUGCCUAUUCACUGGGCGGAAUUGGGUCCAUGGCGAUAUCCGGACUCUACGCAAUUUUCAGGCGCCGGCCAUCCAAAGAACCGGCACUUCACAACGACGUCGCCGCGGUUAUCGAGAAAUUCCCGAACGAUGCCAUAUUCAAUAGACUCCGCCAACUUUCCAUUGAGAGGCCAAAUUUGCUGUUUCACGAUGACUACGGUGUGGAUGCUAAUUAUAAUGAUAUGAUCCGUGACGUUAUCCACAUUCGUCGGAUACUCCAAAAGCAGCUCCCGGCGUCUUCAUUCGACGAGAACGGCCUUCUUCGCAAAGAUGUCUCAUCUAUAGCUUUUCUUGCUUUUAGCGGAUACUACUUUAUAGUGAGCUUUUUGGCUAUUGUUGCACUGGGAGGCGUGUGUGUACCACUAUCCACCGGACUCAGUGCCGAAGAAGCAAGUUUCUUCUUGAAGAAGACCAAGGCAAUAUGCAUUCUCGCGGAGCCAAACACUCUUGAUAUGGCCGUCAAGUUCAGAGACGAGGCACAAAACCAGAAUAACCAGACGUUGAACUUGAUACACUUGUCAAGGGCACAGCCUGAGUCGAAUACGAACCCAAUUACCUGGGAAAUUGACAAAGAAUUGACAUUUUCACCGACUAGUGGCUGUCUUGUUCUCUUCACGUCUGGGACCACUGGGUUGCCAAAAGGCGUCUUUCUCCCACGUCAAAUGUUCCACUUCACAGAAGCUCCUCCACCUCAGGAAGUUGUGUAUUUAGCGUCCUGUCCUGUGCACUGGGUAGGAGGCACGGGGCUCAUAGACAGCGUACUCAAUGGCGAAAACCUACACAUGAUGAAAGCCGACUCUGAGCCCGCAGACUUUUGGGAAAUCCUACGCGGAGGUAAAAUUACAGACAUGAGCGUGUCGCCGACGCUGCUGAGAAGACUGGUGGAGUAUUACCACAAUAGCAUCUGCCAUCUUCCUUCCGAAGAUCCCGAGGCGUAUGUUAAUGGAUCUCGAAGCCUGAAGUCUGUGUUUACAAGCGGUUCUAUGCUCAACCCUUCCACGGCACAACUGUUCACGGAUUUGACUGGCACAGUGCUUAGAAAUGGAUAUGGGAUAACGGAGAUGGGUGGAGGUGUUAUGGCGACCCCAGAGGGUUCAGCUAUUUCCGAGGGCUAUGUUGGAAGACCUUUUCCAGGCGUCACGGUGAAGCUCUCUGAAGGAGACUGUGGAGAGAUCCUGGUUAAAAGUCCUACCAUGUUCAUUGGCUAUUUCGACGACGAAAAAGCAACCAGUGCUUGUUUCAACGACGAGGGAUUCUACAAAACUGGGGAUCGCGCUCACCGUAUUGGUGAAGAUUACUACUUUGACGGCAGAAUGUCAUGCGACUGUGUGUUUCCCCCUCAAUUCAAAGGGUUUACCGGAGCCCACCCAACUGACAAUGAGCGUCUAGGGUUGCGCUUCCAUGAAUACACCAUAUCUGUUCUGGAGCUUGAGCAGCGUCUAGCGGACCUUGCAUAUGUAUGUGAAGCUCACGUUCUUCCGGUACGAGACCACCAUGCUGGAGGACUAGCCGCUGCUCUUGUUCGGCUUUGCAAGCAGGAUGCCGAUGAAGAAGCACGCAACAUCACCCUUCGGACCAUUCGCGAAGAUCUCGCUGGCGCCGGAGUUGUUUCAUACAAACUACCAACGCUGCUUCGCAUCAUCCCAGAUGGAGAGCAAGUCCCACAUACCGCCUCUGGAAAGGCGCAGAAAACAGAGGCUCUACGAAGAUACUUUAACAUAGUUGGUCAUUUGCCAGAUGGGUAUGAGCAUGAAGGUGUGGAAUAUUGGGGAAAUAAGCUGGAUUUGGCUACUUCAGCACGACUGUUUGACUGGGGAGGUUUGUAG